CCGAUAAUACUAAUCUGGACUCUGUCAAAGGAGAAUAAUAGUGUAGUUAAAUUUGAUUUCCAUGUUUUUUUAAAUUAUUUACUCAUUAUGGCUAAUCCUAGGAAGUUCAGUGAAAAAAUUGCGUUGCACCAUCAGAAGCAAGCAGAAGAAACAGCCGAAUUCGAAAAAAUUAUGCGUGAGGUGUCUGACGCUACAAAUAGACAAAGUCUGACUUCUCUUGAUGAUUUAAGAAACUCUCAUCAGCAUCACCCAUUAGUUUAUCGUGAACGACCUCGUAGUGCUGCUCUUGGACCCAUGAGAUCACGCCCAGCUGAAAAACGAAUUGAUACUUCACCGUAUAGCGGUUCUUAUUUAUCUCCACCUUUAGACACCACAUGGAGAAGAACCCACAGUGACUCAUCUCUUCAUACUAGUUCUCAUGAAAAUAAUAGUCACAGAAGAGGUGUUAAUGAAUGCCACACACAAGUCAAUGAUGAUUAUGAAUCUAUGAAAAGAAGUUUCUCUUGUAAUCCCGAAGCAAGACCUCGAUCAGCAUUAGAUAUGCCUAGGGUUCCAGGGAUUAGCAUAUAUCCAUCACAGCAAGAGCCAGGAGCAAUACAAAUCCCAAUUGCAAAUAACACUGGUUCUCUUCCUGAUUUAUCCAAUUUUCAUAUACCUUCUCCCUUGGAUGUACCAAUUGAUCAAGAGGAAACACAUUGUUACAAUAAUUCGCACAGUGGUUCUCCUCGAAGUCUUUCACCUACGCAACUUAUUCGAAACAAUAAGUUUACUUUAGUGGGAACUUCACCAACUGAAGCCCCUGGACCACCUUAUGCAAUGAAUCAUUCUGAUACACACCAUCGGCAGUUCUGUCAAUCCAGAACAAGUUCUCAAAUGUCCCCACAACUUUCAAUGUUCAAGUACAGCAAUACAAGCCCAUCGAGUAGUCCCCAAAGUCCUCCUUCACCUACUAGUUCAUUGUGUAAAAUGAGUCCAGUUGAGGCAAAUAACUAUUAUAUCACUCAAGAAGAUAUGACACUACAACACCAUUUUGAGCAAUUUUCUGUGAGGGAAGAUAGUUGUCCCAAAUUAAGAAGUCAUGAAAUGACUCAAGACCCGGGUUAUUUUAGUACAUCACCUCAUCAAUAUUCUCGUGUGCCACUGGAACAUGCUGCAAGUACUCCGUCCAGCAUACCCGACAUUAUACUCACUGAUUUUUCAAAUGGUGAGGAUUUGGGAAAAGAUUUUGGAGUAAACAUGGUUGAUAAUUUAGAUCUAUUUCCCACUGAUGAAUGUCUGAGGGAAGGACUUGUUCCAAUAGAUAUAGAUGGAUUACAAAUGCUUACUGAUCCGAGCAUGAUUGCUGAUCCAGCUACUGAGGAUCACCUGAGACUUGAUCGAUUAUAAUCUUUUAUUUGUAAAAAGAUGGUGGCAAUGCUUAAGACUUAUACUGAAAUUACCUUUUUGGUAAUGCCAAUCAGACAGAACAGCAUCAAUAUUUUAUUGUUUGUAUUCACAAUAUUCUUGUUAUAUUUGUACAUCAGUUAAGCCUAUUUAAUUAGACAGUAUAUAUAAACCAUGUUACAAUAAUUUUUAUAGUUAAUUAACAAACUCAAUGUCUUGCAGUAAAAUAAUGGACUAUGUUACUGUUCUGUUGUAAAUUGUAGUUAUUCAUUAUAUGAAUUUAUGUAUACUUUUAACAUUUUAUAAGAGAUAUUUUAUAUACAAAGUCUUUUAUUAAUAUAGUUAACCAUUUACUCUAAAACCUCCCUAAAUCAAAUGGAUGUUAUUAGUUUUGUAUCCAUUUAUCCAUUCCUAUAUAUGUAUAUAUUUUUUUAAAUGACCUAGUCCAUCAUUUUGUUUUAUAUUGUAUUAGAUAAUUAUUAUGUAAAACAUAUAUUCUAGAGAUCUUCCUAAUAUGGUUUUAAGUAUGAAGGUAUUAGAGCCUACUUUAAAAUUAUCAAAAAAGUAAACAUGCAGGUGGGCUGAUCACUUCCUUUUGUAGUGUAGGACAUUUUAAUUUUUAACUAUUUUUAUUUAAAAUCUAAAAAGCAUUGGUUUUUAGUUACCUUAGAGCACUUCUUAUUCUAGUAUUUUUUUUUUUAGUCUCCGUCAUAUGUUCAAAAUAAGUAAAAUAUUUAACCGUCACUGUUCUCCCUUUGCUGUUUAAAUCUAAGCACUAUCUAUCCUUUUCAAUAAUUUAAACCUCAUUUUUAGUCUUCGAUUACAAUUUUUAAUCAUUGUUAUUUUCUAGAUUCAUGAAAAAAUGUAAAUUAUCGCUUAAUCACUACGAAUAUAUAUUUUUUUCUUUUGAUAUAUUUUCUAUUUACAUUUAUAUUCUUUCAUUGUUGUUUCGAUGAAUAUAUUGUCUUGUUUUGUUGUUUAAGUUUGAUAGAUUAAAAUCUAUGAACUUUAUUAACGGAACAGAACAGCUAUUAUAUAAGACCUUUCAUAAACCCAAAUAGAAAGUAAUAAAUUUUGAUUUUUUUUUUCGUAUAAAAUACUUAUAUAUUUAGCAGCUUUUAGUAUGAAAAUUACUAUUGAACUCAACUGAUUACCUCAUGUUUGUUGUAAAUGUUCAAAUUAAUUUAUUUAGAAAAUUUUUAUUGUAAAUAUUUUUAUAGUUGGUUUUAUUGAUUAAAGAUAAAAAUUUAAAGAUCUGUUUCCUUUUACAUUUUAUAAAUAUAAACAGGUUAGUUACAAUCAUAAUCUGAAAAUUUAUUGCCAAAUUGCCAAAAAAAUUAUAAUUUUUAUUUUAUAUUUCUUCUAGUCCACCUGGAGGUAUUUUUGAUAUUUGUAUAUGUUUGUGAUCCAAAUUUGGCAGAUAAUAAAUUAUCUAUAUUUAUAGAUUUAUUAUUUUAUUGUUAAUUGUUUUGAUCUCUAAAAUAUUAUUUUUACCCAUUAGAAUUUAUUAAAUGGUGUAAACUUUCACAAAUAAUGCUUUGGAUAUUUAUUUAGCCAGAGUUUCACUUAUAAAUUUAAAAACAAUUUUUUUUUCCAUUUUAUUCUUUUAUAAUACUUAAUGUUUAUUUUUAAAGUGCCUAACCAGUAAUUUAAACAUUCUUUUUACUAAAUAAUUCUUUAAUUUUGUAAAAAAAAUUGUUCCAUUUUGGGGGGAAGAUUUGAAAAUACAAUCAUUUAACUAUUGUUGAAGAAAUUUUUUUUAUUUUGACAAAAUUCAUAGUUGAUUAAUUAGAAUUAUGGUUGUAGCUCAUCAACAUUGUUGUAUAACUGGUUGUAGGUCAUCACUGUUGUAUAACUGGCUAUAGGUCAUGAACACUGUUGUAUAACAGGUUGUUGGUCAUCAACACCAUUUUUAGGAUUGGUGGCAAGAAACUUUUUUUUAGUUUCAUCAUAAAGAUUUAUUUAUUAUUUUUUAAAAUUUGUUACCAAUGAAGUAUAAAUAAAAAAAAGUGAUAAUAUGCUGUGAAAAAAAUGUUGGUGCUGAUAAAAGCAAUUAAAAUUUUGAUUGAGGAUUCCAGGAUUUUAAGUAUUGGUUUCUUUUUGUAGAAUGUUAAAAAACCGAAACCUACUAGUAUUAUAUUUAUGUUUGUACCUAAGUUUUGUAUAUUUUUUACUGAGAGUAAUGCACAUUUGCUAAAAUCAAUGUGAACUACAAAAAACUCAAUUGUUUAUUUUGAUUUUUGGAGGGUUAGAUAGGAUUGUUAAAUUAUCAUAAUUUUUUUCACUUUUAUUUGGAUACACUAAAAUGAUUCCUUUGUAUGAUAAUAUUUUUAUAAUGUUCUUUAAAUAAAUUUUAUUGAAAUUUGAUUUUUUAAUGGUUCUUCAUUAUUGAGGUACCAUUUAAUUGUGAUUGAUUCAGUGAAGCUAAUAGCAAUGCCAAUUUUGCGAUUAGACUCUUUUAUUAUACAAAAUUGAAUGAAAAUUUGGGCUAAAUUACUUUUUCAGAAUAAUAACAGCAAUAAUAUGACACAUGAAUUUUCUUAUUAAAGUUUAUAUUCUCUCAUUUUUUUUCAUGCUUGUUGAGUUGGUAUUAUAAAAAAAAAAUUCAUAUUUUCGAUACAGUGAUUUGAUAUUAAAGUAAGAUCACAAGGAGAAUUAGAAAGUUAUGUUUCUCUUUUCUUUCAUUUAUUUAUUCAUUUUUUGUUGUUAUUGAUAAAAAAACUAUACUCAAUUUAAGGUUAAAUAUAUUUAUUCAAAAGAUAAACAUUAAGAAAAGGGCCUAUCCAACUUGUAUUUGGCUUGUUGAGGUCUGUGAAAUUAAUUAUUGAAUUUCUUAAUUACUUAUAAAAUUAAUUUUGUUAAAAAGCUAUUAAUUUUCUCUCAAAACUGAGUAUAUCCUAUCACUAGUUGCAUCGAGGUGCAGCACCCAAAAGGCUCCUGUAGCAAUGAAUGUUCUUUGGUGAGGCAAAGCAGCACAGCUCUCUGUAGCAUUACAAAGGUGAUUGAUCUAUUUGGCAGGAUCCUCAGUGUGUUAGUACCAGUGGUACGGGCUUAUAGAUACUUUAAGGGAGACCGGGCAUUCACUAUACUUAAUUAGAAUAUGUCUAAUGAAACUAAAUAAAUUUCAAAAAUUCAUUUAUAAAAAAUAAUUAUGAUAUAACUUCUGAAUUUCCUGAGAAGUUUUUAUAAAUAAAUUUGAUUUCAUUAAUGAUAAGCUAAACUUCCUUAAUAAUUUUUUAUUUUAUUUUAAGAACUGAAUACUUUAAAGUGUUUACAUUAAAUUAUAAUAUAUUGUAACAUAGUCUUUUUGUCAUUCAAUGCAAUUUUCGUCAACCAAGAUCUUGUGUAGGGUCCAGCUUGUGCAAGCUUAGGGUGACACUCGUUGUUUGAUUGUUUUGUACAGAGUCAUCUUGGUAUCCUGGUUACUACAGAGGAAACUUCUUCGGUAAACAUAGUAUAUAUUACAAAAUAUGCUUUGUUAGUCCACCAUAAUACAAUUUUGAAUUUCAUCCAUCUGAUCAUUUAAUAUGGAGCAAAGAUACUUAAAACUGGGCAAAUAUAUUGGGUUGGCAAAUAAGUCCUUUCGGUUUUUCCG